CAAGUGAAGUAUCGUGCGUACGUCACACACAUUUCAAUCCAGCUAUGGGUGUCAUUUCAGAUCCGUAGCACCUGCUACCUCCUCCUCCGCCUCCUCCUUCUUCGUCAUCUUCACUCAGAUCUUAUCGAUCCUCCCUCUCGCUCUCACCGUCGCUCGCUCGCUCGCUCGCUCGGGAUCUCUGAUAUACUUGCUCGUCCCGAAGUAACUGGUGGGGUUUAGUGUGAUCUAUGCCUGUGAUCGCAAUCUGCGAAGAUCUGGUUCAUGCUCGACUCGUGGAAUCAUCGUUCUCACUGAUUCGUGAUUUUCGUUAUGGAGACGCUCGUGGUGGUGGCGCAGCACCGGAAUCAAUACGGCAGUCGAACGAAGCCGAACGGCCUGGCUAGGUUUGAUUCUUCGCCGUCCAAAUGCUUCAGAGAGAUCAAUUGCAGAACUUUUCAGUCCGGGGCAGGUAUUUUGCCGACCCCACUUAAGGCUUGUGAUGCAGCCGAGAUCAUUCAGGCUCCUCCUUGUUCCUUGAUAACUCCACCUUCUGCCAGUUUCUUGUCUAAUGAGACCGACUUAAAACUGAAGCCUCAGAGCACACCCAUCCCCAUCAAAGCCAAACCUGUCAAUGAUGAGAAAUUUUUCUAUGACGAUUUCUCUAGUGGGAACAUAUCCUUUUCCGAGCUGUGGGCCGGGCCAGCUUAUUCGAACUCACCCCCGCCGAGUUCUUUGCCAAUUCCCAAGUUUUCCCUCCGCCCAAAGAGGACCGUCUCUCUUGAUUUGCCUAACUCCGCUUCUGAUGAUAUGGUGAUGCAUCCCAUUGCAAAAUCUGCUCCUGCUUCUCCUACUAGGGACUGCAAAUCAUCCACUAAGGCUUUGUUCCACAGUGCUGACUCUGCGACUAAGACACUUCGUCGCAUUCUGAAUCUUGAUGUCACUGAUGAAUGAGGUGGUGGGGAGUCCCUGUUGGACUUCGUGGAAGAAGGGUUGUCCAUAGAAGUGACUUUAGAUAGAUUGUAAAUGAGAUGAAUAAUUUGGUAGGUAGUGUCUGUAGCGUUCCGUCAGCUCAACGUUGAAGUAACUGCGACUUGUGAGUGUUCAUGGCUGUGGUGGGGUUUAUAGUCUCCUGGCAAAUGGUUGGGUAGUAUGUACCAUGGUGGGGUCAAUAGUCUCCUGGCAAAUGGUAGGGCAGUAUGUGCUCUGGAGGUGGUUUUUGGUCGUUGGAAUUUCUGAAGAGACGAGUGAGGUUAUCUCAGAUGGCUCUAGUUUGUGACAAACAGUGAUGCUGCAUUUGGAAAUUGGUGGGAUGAAAAGCAAAAGGGCUAAUAAUAUUUGUGUAGCUGUGAAGAAUGCUGGUAGACAUUCUUUUUAGCACUUGGUGGAUCUACUGACCUCUUGAUAUUGCGAGCCUGAAGCAUCUAUCUUCUAUUCGGAGGUGAAAUUAUAAUAAUCCAGUCCUCCCCUUUUGGGAUAUCUUUAUAUAAUCUUAAUCUUGCAAGUCCUUUCUUGACUAGGUAUAGUUCUUAGCAAGAGCUAUCAUGUAGAUACUGUACAAUCGUCUAUUCGACUCCUCUCUCUCGACUCUCCCUGAUGUCCUCAGUGAUGUCAUCUUCCUGCUUCUCUGUUUAUCCUCCUCAAUUGACUUCGUACUUGUUUAUUCGGCUGCUGAUAAGUCAACAAUUUUCGUAUCCCAUCUUCAGUUUGUAGUAUGUUUCGAGUUCACCUUCAUGAUGUGAUUCCUUGUAGGUAGGAUCUGACUCUUUCACACUGCAUGAGGGUGCUGCCUCCCUUCGCCAUUUUUCUGUUUUUAGAAGGAAAAGUGGGAAGGGGAAGCAAACAUGUUUAUUUUGCCACUUCAUGCUCCUGACCCUUUCCAAAUCGCUUUGUGUUGGUUUUGUCCUUUCUGAGACCCUCUGUCCGUAUCUUCCUCUCGGAAGUAGUUUCUCUAUCCUGUCAUUCUUGGAGAUCAUUGACCUUACCGACCUAUACACAACUUGCCAGGUGGUGAGUAUCAAGAGGUUGCUUUUUCUAAAAGGAAAUGCUCAUAAAGUCCAGCACUUUCAAAGGAAAAUCUUUGAAGGGAAACUACUAGCUUUUUCUUCGGGUCCAGCCAGUUGUGUAUUUAGCAUUGUCUGUUAGCUGCAAGAACUAGUUUUCCCCUGUAUGCCGUAUUUCAUGUUGAUCACUGUAUAUCUAGAGAGUUAUAGCCGGUUAAACACUUGCAAUGGAGGUGUCGUCAUGUCUCUUGAAGUUUAUUGUGCUUUACAUUUAUGUGCUUUCCUUCAGACGAACUCUAGCGUCCUAUAUCAAGUAUUGACUUUGUG